AUGGCUGAUGAGCAUGAUCAUGAUCAAAGUACUGUCGCCGAGGUCCCGGAUCUGCCUCAGGGGUGGAUGUACAGACAUCGACGGAUAUUUGGUCUCAAUAUCCCGUGGUAUGCAUCGCCAAGAGUUCAGUUGGUAAUGGUCGCAUUCGUGUGUUUUAUGUGCCCGGGUAUGUUUAAUGCGCUCGGUGGAAUGGGUGGUGGUGGAAAGACAGAUGCGACUUUGGCGGAUAACAUGAACACCGCUCUUUAUAGUACCUUUGCAGUCUUCGGUAUCUUUGGUGGCACAUUCAUCAACAGGCUCGGAGUUAAAUGGACCCUCGCAUUUGGAGGUACCGGAUACUGCCUCUACGCAAUUAGUCUGCUAGUCUCCCUCUACCACAAUGUGGAGGGAUUCAACAUUUUCGCCGGUGCCUGGCUCGGUAUCUGUGCUGGUCUUCUCUGGACCGCACAGGGAACCAUCAUGAUUUCCUACCCAACGGAGGAAAAAAAGGGAACAUACUUCGCCUGGUUCUGGGGCAUCUUCAACAUGGGCGCCGUGAUUGGUAGCUUGAUCCCCCUCGGCCAAAAUAUGAACGUCAAAACAAACUCCACCGUGUCCCCAGGAACCUACAUCGGCUUCAUUGUCCUCAUGUUUAUCGGCGCUCUCCUAGCCCUCUGCCUCUGUAACGCAAACGACAUCGUCCGCCCAGACGGCACCCGCGUCAUUCUGAUGAAGAACCCAAGCUGGCAAUCCGAGCUAAUCGGACUCUGGGAAACCCUUCGCUUCGAGCCCUUCGUCAUCCUCUUAUUCCCCAUGUUCUUCUCCUCCAAUUGGUUCUACGUCUACCAACAGAACGGCAUGAACAGCGCACAUUUCGAUACGCGCACAAAGGCACUGAACAAUCUCCUCUACUACCUUGCUCAAAUCAUCGCUGCCGCUAUUUGGGGUGUGCUCCUCGAUAGCCAGCGUGUGAAGCGGUCGCUUCGCGCAAAGCUAACUUGGGCGGUGCUUUUCGUGUUGACCAUGGUGAUCUGGGGUGGUGGGUAUGCCUAUGAGAAGACCUAUACCAGAGAGUCUGUGAAUACGAAGCUGAACCCCGACUUUACACCAACGGAUUGGACGACGCACGGAUAUGUCGGUCCCAUGUUCUUGUAUAUCUUUUACGGGUUUUAUGAUGCAGCUUGGCAGGCCAGUCUCUACUGGCUCAUGGGUGCGCUUUCGAACUCUGGUCGCCGUUCGGCGAACUAUGUUGGAUUCUACAAGGGCAUUCAGUCCGUCGGCGCUGCGGUCGUUAACAAUCUCGAUUCGCGCAAGCUUUCCUACAAGAAGGAAUUCAUCAGUAACUGGGUCCUUCUCUCUGCGUCGCUCGUUGUCGCUGCUCCUGUUAUCUUCUUGAAGAUUCGGGAUCAUGUUGAUGUGGAGGAGGACCUCGCUGGUACUGACGAGACUCUUGCGGAUGUUUUGCCCGCGGAUCAUCCCGAAAAAGUCGGGGCUUGA